UAUGACAGACAAGACCGCCAUUUUGGGAAGUGACACAGAUUUCCCGUUACAAAUUUUCAAUCUGGUGUCAUCCUACGAAACCGAGUGAUAUAAAGUGUACAGGAGCGGUAUCAGCCUCAUUAUAUAUACUCUGGACAUUAACUACUUGGUAUAUUACAAAGGUAGAAGAGUGUUUACAACCGAGGAUGAGUUUUCUGUUUGGGAGUCGAAGCAAUAAGACAUUCAAACCUAAAAAGAAUAUUCCAGAAGGAACCCACCAGUAUGACUUGAUGAAACAUGCUGCAGUGACUUUGGGUAGUGGGAACCUACGUUUGGCAGUUAUGUUACCAGAGGGAGAGGACCUCAAUGAAUGGGUUGCAGUUAACACGGUGGACUUUUUCAACCAGAUAAACAUGUUGUAUGGGACAAUAACAGAGUUCUGUACGGAGGAGAGUUGUCCAGUUAUGUCUGCUGGUCCCAAGUAUGAGUACCACUGGGCAGAUGGCCAGACGGUCAAGAAACCCAUUAAGUGCUCAGCCCCCAAGUACAUAGAUUACCUCAUGACCUGGGUGCAGGACCAGUUGGAUGAUGAAACAUUAUUUCCUUCCAAGAUAGGUGUCCCUUUUCCAAAGAACUUCCAGUCCAUUGCCAAAACUAUCCUGAAGCGACUGUUCCGAGUGUAUGCACAUAUUUAUCAUCAGCAUUUUCGAGAAGUGGUGCAGUUGAGUGAAGAGGCCCAUCUCAAUACAUCUUUCAAACAUUUCAUAUUUUUCGUGCAGGAAUUUAAUCUCAUUGACCGACGAGAGUUGGCCCCACUGCAGGAACUCAUAGAUAAACUGACUAGCAAAGAUCGAUAGAUUCAGUCAGUGUUUUUAAUAAGUGACAGGACACAAGGGACCAAGUCCCUGUUGAUUUGCUAUAUUGAAACUGCUGGAGGCAGGUGGGGGCUGAACUAUACAGACAUCAUGUGUCCAGGAAACCAUCUGACCAGCCGCCGGGACCAGCAAGGACCCCCGGCUCAUUUACAUCUCACCUCCCUCUGAAGUUUAGAGUGAUUUACUGUGUCAUUUGUUGUGUAAUCAGAUCACAGAGGUAUAAACAUAUUGUGAAAUAAUUAGUCGUCAAACCCAUUUGCUGUGAUCAUAUCAGUGUUAUUAGAUGUAGACCAGAGAGAAGCUACUUUGCUUUGUUAAACAGAGCAAUGUGUGUAGGAAUGUUGUUAGGACAACGUGAUCCAUAGGUCUUAGCUGAGAAAGUUGGGCUAACCAGCAUGCCACAUGCUCACUGUCACACUCGUCAAGGUAAUGUUGGAAGCUUUCUCUGGUUUUCCUAAGUACAGGUUGUAUUUUAUACUGCAUCAAAUUCUCCACAAUUCUAUAACUUGAGAAUUUCUAGUCUAAAGAAUUGCAUUAGAAUUUAUUUUUACAACAGACAUAAUUGUUGGUCAUCAAAUUGUUAUUUAAGUUUUUCUGCCCACAAUUCACAAGGAACUAAAACAUUUUGUUUUGAAACAAUUAUAAUUUCCACAUGCAGUUCUGUGUUAUGUGUUGGAUCUGUGUGUAUCAGUUGUCAUGGGUACUGGUGUACAUGUAGUUAAAGCAGAUCAACAGUCAAGAUCAUGGCUUUGACAAGGAAGCUCACCGCACCCCAACUUUUGUACUCUAAUUUGAAAGAAGUCUCGUGCAGUUUUGGUGGUAGGUUCACCCGUUAUGUUACUGUCGCACAUGCACACAAACUUAUAAUCUUCAUUUUAGUACGUAAUUUAUUUCUCAGAUCUCUCAACCAUAUAUGACACAUAACAAAACAAACUUUUGAUUUGCACAUACCAAAGUUCUUUAAGUUGUCAGAACACACAAGUGUUAUGGUAUAAUAUUGUUGAUCUUCUACCUCUUUUCUUAGUUUAUUAUGAUAUAAAAUAAGUUAUUGGUAUUAACACUGCAGGACUAGUGUUCUUGUAGAUCAUAAUAAGUACAGCCAAACUUUGUUCUGGCAACAGUAAAGCUCACACACUCGACCUGUUGGGGUAAUAUUAACCACCCGUGAUCUCUUUAUCUUCAAAUGCUCCCAUAUACACACAUUUAGAAUAUAAAUUUAUGAACAGUUUUCUUUUACCCAAUCUACUGCAGGUUUUCUAAAUAUGUGUCAUUUGUGAAAUUGAUUUAUGUUCUGGUAAAUCCCUUUUUUGUAUUUUUUCUUGAGGUUUUGAAGUCGCUUCUGGCAGAGCAAGUUAAAUUAGAAUUUUAGAAGCCAUGUUAAUUCAUGCAGGAUUUGUGCAGUCCAGCAUGUCUUAAUGUGGACUGCUGGAGACGAACAUUUUCUCACGACUACAUGAACCGCUGUACUUAGUGCUAUUUUUGUUGCCUUUUAUAUAUUCAUAUAGAGUCCAGAGGUUUAAAAGGACUGUAGUAUUACAAAUGAAACUCAAAUACUGAGUGGGAGCCUCCGUGGCUCAGUUGGUUAGCGCGCCAGCCCAGCGUAAUGACCUAGGAGCCUCUCAUCAAUGCGGUCGCUGUGAGUUCAAGUCCAGCUCAUGCUGGGGUCCUGUCUGGCUGUACGUGGGUAGGUCUGUCAGCAACCUGGGGAUGGUCACGGGUUUCCCCCGGGCUCUGCCCGGUUUCCACCCACCCAAAUGUUGGCCGCCGUUGUAUAAGUGAAAUAUUCUUGAGUAUGGCGUAAAACACCAAUCAAAUAAAUAAAUAAACAAAUACUGAGUGAUCUGCUUGUCUUUCCAAAUCCCAAGGAAAUGUCAUCAUCAGUUUUCCAUGUUGUGAAACCUGUAUACUUAAGUAAUAAACAUGCAAUUCAUAUUCCAGUUUUUAAAAAAAAUUGCAGGACUAUCCAUAUACUAGUCUGUUAAAACAUUUGUAUCAAAAUUUGAUAUAAUUUGAACUCUGCUUCUUGGUAACUUGCCUGCUACAGUUUUAAGGGCAGAUUUUCCAACCAAGUCCCAAAUUACCAUGCAGUGAUUUAGUACAUCCUGACUGGAUUAUUAAAGCCUGGUAUAGAUUGGAUAAUCUGUGACUUGUAUUGAUGAACUAGUCCAGAUGUAUUUAUAUACUAAGCUUUUGUAUAAGCCAUAUACAUUUAUGUGGCCAAUAACUCUUGUGCAUUUGAUAGAGCUUUAAUUUUGAUAUUGUAAAGAAAUGUUAGUGUAGAAUGAUAUAUUUAUGUGCUUUACAACAACUUUCAGAAUUUCUACUGCAGUAGAAAGAUAUUUCAAAGGUUUCCUGGUGAAUAAGUGUAAUUAUUCACUUGUGAUAAAUAUACAUGAUAAUAGAUAUGUAUGACAACAUGACGCCUGAUAUGCUACAUCGAAUUUAUUCCCACAUGCUGUGCUAAUGUACAGGAUUACUGCUGUGAUCCUUUCAAACUACUCGAUAGAGUUUCAUAUGUAGUUCAUCUAACAGUAAUAUUACCAUCAGUAUAAAGCUAUGUUUGUUUUUCUUGUGUGUAGAUUGUUUUGGUUUUAUGAUCUGUAAUAUAGUUUGUACAACUAAGUGAUUAAUGAUGUCUGUGAGUUACUAGUCUAAAACUUUGUCAUAUUGUUAGGUGUAUUUCUGUGGAUUCCUUUUUUUUAGUUGCACAUCGCUUGUGUAAAUGUACUUUAAGUAAUAUUUUAACAUUUCUAAUGAAUCUAUUUUUUUUAAUACAUGUAAGCAGUGUUAAUCAGAAGUACUUUUCUGGUGUACAUA